AUGAGAAAUCAGACCAUUGUGAAUCAAUUCUUUCUCUCCGGACUGUCUGACCUUCCCGCUCUUCAGGUCCCUCUCUUUCUCUUCUUCCUUUUCAUCUUCCUUCUGACAUUUUUCUGGAAUUUGCUGGUCAUUAUCCUCAUCGUCACUGACUCUCGCCUCCAUGUUCCUAUGUAUUUCUUCCUUGGGAACCUGGCCAGUUUGGACCUCUGUUAUUCUACAUUAACUGUCCCACGAAUGUUAUUUGACCUUCACACCAACAGCAGAAAGAUUACUUUAACAGCUUGUAUAACUCAAGUCUUCUUUUUUUUUCUCUUUGCCACUGCUGAAUUUUUACUGUUGGCUGUCAUGUCCUAUGAUCGAUAUACCGCCAUAUGCAAACCAUUACACUACACACAGAUCAUGAACUGGAAAGUGUGUUUACAGCUCGCCUCCAUUGUAUGGUUGCUUGCAUGUACUAAUGCUUUAAUUCACACACUGUGUGGGUUAAAUUUAACAUUUUGUGGAUCAGAUAUUAUAGAAAGUUUCUUCUGUGACCUUCCCCAGUUGCUUCAGAUCUCCUGCAGUGAUGUCUACAUCAACAUUCUUCUCAUCUUUGUCAUGGGUGGCAUCCUUGCAGUUUUCCCUCUAACACUGAUCAUCCUGUCCUAUGUCUCUAUAUUCAAAACUGUCCUGAAAAUGAAAGUUAAAGGUAAAAUGAGUAAAGUUUUCUCUACGUGUACCUCUCACCUGACAGUGGUCUUCAUAUUUUAUUGUUCUUCUAUAUUUAAUUAUUUUCGGCCAAACCCUAACCAACAUUUUGCUCAUGACAAAGUGGCAUCUGUCUUUUAUGCAGUGAUUCUUCCUCUCAUCAAUCCUCUUAUUUACAGUCUAAGGAACCAGGAUUUCAGAACAUCAUUUCACAAAGUUUUUAGGAAGAUUGUCUCCACUAUAAAUCGUGAAUUCAUCUAAAAUAAAUCUUCAUUUGUAGAUAUUAGCAAGACACAGAAGUAUAUUAUUUUGAUCCGUGUCCAUAAUUCGGAAAAGCUGUUUACUUUGAAAUGUACCCCUAGGAAAAAUGUUUUUUAUUUUCCUAAAAAAACUCUUUCUAGAAGCUGCAGUAGAUUACAGGCGAUCCCCUACUUGCAAACACCCGACUUACAAACGACUCCUACUUACAAACUGAGGGAGACAACAGGAAGUGAGAGGAAAUC